AUGUUCUCCCGUCAGCUCGCCGGAGUAUUCUCCAAGCCCAUCAUCUCAGGCGUACGAACUACAUCCCACCGCCUCUACUCAAGUGCCCCCAAACCAUCACCCCGACCAUCGCCACGACCACCCGCACCUCAAUCCCGCUCCAAUUUCCCAGUUAUCCCAAUCAUUGCUCUCUUCGCAAUUAGCUCCGGCGCCUACGUAUUCCUCGUCAAAUCUCGCACCGGCCAAUCCCCAGGCCGCAAGGACUUUUAA